UGAUUUUCUUUUUGACACGUGCCUUUUGAGUUUUCGCAAAGCUAAACUCUAAAAUUUUCUUUAAGAAAUGGGUCGUGGGCGACGAGGAUCUAAGCGUGGAAAUUUCAAAAACCAUGGCUCUCGUAAUUCAUCUUCACGUGGCCGAGGUAAUUUCAAAAACAAGAGAAAAUUCAACAGAGAUGAAGACAAAAAAAAGGAUGCUGAAUCAGAUAAUAAAAGGCAGAAGAUUCAGCCCGAAAAAGAAAGUGAACCGCUUAUAGAGGAAUCCUCGUCAAGUAGCGAGUCAGAGGAAGAAGUUAAACCUUAUACCCAAUUACUGUCUAUGUUUAAAUCUGGUAACAGGGCACAGCAAGUUUUGACAUCAGAUGAAGAGGAAUCAGAAGAUGUUGGGUCUGAAAAUGAGUCUGAAGAAGCUGAUAGCAGAAAUGAAGGAGAUAGUGUUUCUGAAUUGGGUGAUGAAGAAAUGGAAGAAGAAGGGGAUGAAGAAGUUGAUUUAGAGGAUGAAGAUGAUGAAGAGGAAGAAAGAGAUCUACUCGGAGUUGAGGAAACUGAUGAAGUUCAAGAAGAUAAUGAAGAACUAGACGAUGAAGAACAUGAAGAUGAAUCAGAGGAAGAACCUUCUGAUGAUGAAGAGGAAAUAGCUUCAUCAACUGACCCAUACCACCUUCACUAUGAAAGAGAAAUGAGUGAAUCUCUUUUAGAAAUUUUGACAUCACCUAAGCCUUAUGAGACUCAGGAACUAAACUGGAAAGCACUUGGAAGAAUGGUGAUCCAUCUACCAAUAAAAGUCGACAAGAAAAUGGAGAAACCUAAACUUGUACUAUUGGGUGAAACAACAGAAAAAUAUGUUAUUCCUGGUACACUGCCAAUACUGAAGACUGGAGUUCCCCUAGUAGAUUAUGGAGUUAAAUCACAAUUAUGUGCCAACCUUGACAAGCGGCCACUCUCUGAUAGUAGCAUUCAGACGGCCGAAGAACUGCUUUCUCCUCUGCAGCACGAGCUAUUCAGUCUCGCGCACGAUUACCGUGAUAUAUAUUAUCCUGAAAUGAACCAUUUGAACAACGAUGAGAUUCGAACUGUUUAUUGCCUUCAUUCCCUGAACCACGUUCUCAAGUCGAGAGAUAAAGUUCUAUUUCACAAUGCGAAAUUGAAGAAGGACAAGGAAAAUGGACAAUCGACUGACGAUGUCGAAUUUCGAGACCAGGGUCUAGUGCGCCCUCGAGUUCUAAUUAUCGCUCCGUUGAGGAAUUCUGCCGUUAAGAUUGUGGAAAAAUUGGCCUCACUGCUACUUCCCGUGAAAGGGCAAAUCAUCAAUAAGGACCGCUUUUAUAAAGAGUUCGGUGAGGAGAAGGAUGAAGAGGACAAAAAAGAAAAUAAAAAGAGUUACAAGCCAGAAGAUUACGAAGCCGUUUUUACAGGAAACACUGAUGAUUCGUUUCGAAUAGGAAUUUCGGUUGCUAAACGUACUCUCAAACUCUAUGCUGGAUUCUACAAGGCCGAUAUUCUUAUUGCAUCUCCGCUGGGAGCAAGAACGCUACUCGCUGAUGAUUUUGACUUUCUUUGUAGCAUAGAAGUACUUGUGAUAGACCAAACAGAUAUUCUCUACAUGCAGAAUUGGGAUCAUGUCCUUCAUAUUUUUCAACAUUUGCACCUUCAACCACGAGAGCAACAUGACACAGACUUGGGUCGUGUUCGUCUUUGGGCGUUAAACGGUUACUCCCCUCAUUAUAGACAGAAUUUAAUUUUUAGCAGCGUAGCACUUCCGGAAGCUGCCGCGCUUUUUUCUCGCCGUGGAACAAAUUUUUCCGGCAAGGUGCGUGUAGAAAAUGUGGUUUUACCCUCAGCAACAACCGUUUGCCGUGUUCUUGUUCAACUACCUCAAGCAUUUCAUCGAAUUCCAACGCCAUCAGCAACUCAAUCAGCUGACGAUCGUUUCCAUUUUUUCACAAAAAAGAUUCUUCCGCAGUAUCGCGAUCUUCUAAUGAGCAAUACGCUCAUUUACAUUCCUUCGUAUUAUGAUUACGUAAGACUUAGGAAUCAUCUUCACAAAGAAGAAUACAACUUUGGCCAAGCUUGUGAAUAUACACCAGACGGGAAAUUGGCCCAAGUUCGUAAUCGCUUCUUUCUUGGGAAGAAGCGUUUGCUGCUGUAUACAGAGCGCCUUCAUUUUUACAGGCGACUGACAAUGAAGGGAAUUCAUCACAUUGUUUUCUAUCAGCUACCAACUUUUCCUAAUUUUUAUCCGGAGCUUUGCAACCUUCUCCAGGACGCAUUUCAAAAUCCAAAAUACCGAGGGGAUGGUAGUCAAACUUGCACAGUCCUAUAUUCAUCUUAUGACGCCCAAAGACUUGCAGCAAUUGUAGGAAGUCAACGAGCUGCUGAGAUGUUGACGUCAGAUCGACCAGUACACCUUUUUGUUAGUGGAGGAAGUUGACCAAAUAAGUCAUUUCUUAUUGUUUAAUUCGGUUGAUAAAUACUACUUAUAUUGGAAAGA